AAAACGACGUCGGUUUUGUCCACACCAGUCGGAUCACACGAGUCACGGGCCCAACAUCCCCAUUUCACCACCACUGUAAUUUAUAUAUAUAUACACACCCACAAAAGGCUGCCAUUAAACCUCAUACUUCCUCUCGUUUCUCAUUCAGCCGCCACCGCCAACCGCCGCCUCUUUCUACUUCCUAUUUUUCUUAUACAUAUAAUAUAUAUAAACACUCGAUGGCAAAGAUUUACUUACAUGUUUUGUUUCUGACAUUAACAAACUUUCUUAUAUCAGGUGUAUAUCCAUCGGCCACAUUUACAGUGGUAAACAAAUGUGAGUUCACUGUUUGGCCAGGCAUUUUAUCGAACGCGGGAAUUGCACCGCUUUCGACGACGGGUUUUGCUCUACAAAAGGGCGAAUCGAGGAUCAUCAACGCACCGUCGUCGUGGGGUGGCCGGUUCUGGGGCAGGACACGCUGCAGCGAGGAUUCAACCGGGAAAUUCUCCUGCUUGACCGGCGAUUGUGGCUCCGGGAAGAUAGAUUGCGCCGGGAAUGGUGCUGCUCCGCCUACUACAUUGGCGGAGUUCACACUCGACGGUGAUUCCGGCAUGGACUUCUAUGACGUCAGCCUUGUCGACGGGUACAACGUGCCAAUGCUUGUGGUGCCCCAGGGAGGUUCGGGGGUUAACUGUACGUCGACGGGAUGCAUUACGGAUCUGAACGGUGCGUGUCCGUCUAAUCUCCGGGUGACAAGUUCCGAUGGGGAAGACGUCGCGUGCAAGAGCGCAUGCUUAGCUUUCGGGAAAGAGGAGUUCUGCUGUAACGGCGCGUACAGUACACCUGAUGCUUGUAAACCGUCGUCAUAUUCUCAGGUGUUUAAGAGCGCGUGUCCACGUGCCUACAGUUACGCAUACGAUGAUAAAACCAGUACCUUCACAUGCGCCGGCGCGGAUUAUUUCAUAACAUUUUGUCCAUCGCCAAAUGCUAGCAAGAAAUCAUCAUCCGAGAUACAAAACGGAGGAUCAGAAGACAACGCUUCAUCAUUGAUCAACAACACGAUGGUGUACGAAGGAGCGUCGCAGGUGAGCGGGGCACCAUCAAUUUAUGCCCACUUUUUUAGUUCACAUGCCAUUGCCUUUCCCGGCGCCUUCGCUGUCGCGGCGGCAGUGUUGCGGUUGUGUCAGUUUUUCUGAGUUUUCUCCGCCAUGUUAUGCAACGUGAUCGUGUCGGAAAUCAGGUGGAAUUGGUGCAUCUGGACCGUUGAAAACUCUUUUGGGCCUCAUGAUUUUGACGUGGCCCAAGAAUAUGGCCCAUGUGACGAGGAAUCGAGUCACCUAGAAAUUUAUUUGUCGACGGAAAAAAAAAAAGGAAUAUUUUAGUCUUACAAAAGUAGGCAACGUUAUUAAAUAUAAUGGGUGGUUUUUUGUUAUAUAACUUUUGUAUUAGAUUGGGUGUGGAAGAUUCAUGCGGCAGGUUAGGAGCAUAAUUUUAUAUGUAGCUUCAUUUAGAUUGGUCCAAAAAAAAUAUAGAAUUUUAAUUUAUUAUUAUUUUUGUCCU